AUGAGGUUCCGUGCUAACAAUAUUGCAGUCUGUAGUGAUAUUGAGAAAGCAUUCCUUAACGUGAGACUGCAUCCCGAUGAACGGAAAUUUACCAAAUUUCUGUGGCUGACAGACGUGAACAAUAUCGACAGUCCACUCAAAGUGUAUCAAUUUAAAUCUGUGCUGUUUGGUGCUGUGUGCUCACCUUUUAUCCUGAAUGCUGUGAUCAAAACUCAUUUGGAUAAUAACUGUGAUAUUAAUACUGCCAAUCAAAUGAAAGACAACAUCUAUGUCGAUAAUGUCAUUGAUGGAGUCUAUUCGGAAGCAGAUACUGUUAAAUACUACAGUGAAUCUACGAGCCUCAUGAAUUCUUGUGGAUUUAAUUUACGUGCUUGGUCAUCGAAUUCUCCUGAUUUGUGUGAACUUGCUACCCGAGAUAACAAAUAUGAGCCCGCCGACGAAGUUUCUGUGCUUG